GAUUGAGAAAACCAUUUGGGUGCUUUGUCUACUGCGUUCAAACUCAUAUAGCUUAAUCUCUUUUAACGUGUUAACAUCAUCCCAGGAGAUGCCCAAUGCUUCAUCAUAAGUUAUAAUAUAUUUCAUUGUAAGUGGGAUAAGAAUUUUUCACUUUCGGGAGCUUUUUUAGUUUUAGUCUGAACGUGCUGAACAACAAACCGGAAGAAAACUUUGAGGUUAUGUACGUUCGUUAUUAAACGACGCUAGCGCCAACGCAUGAAAAAGAAAACUGUUAUACUUGUUAUACGCGGCAUUUGAUCCUCGAUUUGAUCGUUGGAAGUGUAAACAACAAACAAAGCUGUGAAGAUCGCCAAAAAAACUCACAAAUUCCUCAUAAAAGUCUCUUAAAUUAAACAAAUAGUGAUGGAAUUUUGUGGAAAAGUGUGCAAUUGUGAAGCUGAGGCUGUCGUCCUGCCAGUAAGGCAGACAAAUUAUGAAAAAUUGAUCGCAAUCAGGGAUAAAAUGAUGCUAAUCUACAGAAGACAUUCCAAAAUAGUGAAACUCUGGCAUCUUUCUAAAUAUUUCUUGGCAGACUUCACAGCGACCCAAAUGGAAAAUUACCGGAACAGCUUCGAUGACAUCCGAACACGAAUAAGGGGGAUUCAUGAUGAUAUCAACAAGCUUGCUCAGCUGGACAAGGGUUCAGCGGAGGUGGGCGUUGUGUUGGAGCAACUGAAGACGAAGGUUGAUGAGUACGAUGAGAAAAUGUUGCCGUGCAUGUGGAUGAUUGGCGGUCCAUCGGAUGAAUGGGACACUUUCGAUGAGGAAUCAUCGCAGGGUCAGAGUUCAGGGGAUAGUAUCCCCAUCGUAUGGCCUGCUGGCUACAUUUCAGACUAUACAAGCGAUGAAUCCAAUGGAUCUGAUCUGUCUGAUGAAGACGUUCAAAUGGAGGAAUAAUUCCCAAGAAAAAGUUAUUAAAUUCUUGUUAUUUUCUGUGUGUGCAAAUACUUUUCUAAAGAAACCAAAAAUAAAACGAUUUAAAUUUAAAUUCAAGUCAAUUGGAGGAUUGCUUUGAUCGAGCUUUUGUCAAGGCCAGAGCAAUUUAGUAGGCUUUGGAAUUUUUGAGGUAAAGCAAUUUGGGAGGAUUUUCUUGAAAAUUUAUUGAGAAAAAAGACAAAGGUUUUUAAUUUCACGCAUAAAGAAGGCAAAUUAAUUCUCUUACAAUAUGGAGCGCUUUCCGGAUGAGUUCGUCCAAGGAAUAUACGUUUGUGUGAAGCAGAAUGUGAAGCUCGGCUCCAUGAUCAUUGCAUUCAAAAAUAGAAUUGAGGCGGGAAACUUUGAUGGUCUUUCAGCAGAGCAGAUUGCUUCUAUCCGGAACAGGCCGUUAGGUGUAGAUGUAGAAAACACUUCUAUAUAUCUUGAGUUCUACAGCAUAAUGAGGCAGCUAGAUAUUUUGGGUGAUACCGGAACAGCAACGGAUAUGCUUGAUAAAUUGAACGAGUUGAAAGAGAAGUUGAAGGUCGUACAGGAGAAUUUCAGAGGAAUAAUGCGAGAAAUCGCUGGGCAGGAGUAUUGGGAUUCCUUUGAAGACGAUGAGCAGGUUCGGACUAUCAUGAGUCGAAUGCCAGCGCACUUUGCAAAUUAACAAUAAACGGUAUCCGGAGAAUAAACUUCCGGAUCUCCCUUAUUCUUUAUUAUUUUUUAUAAAAAAUAUGAAUUAAAAAGAUUUAAGUGAAGGACAUGAAAUAAAAUUCAAGGAAUUUCUCGACUAA